AUGCAAGACUCACGACCGAUUCCGCCUUUCCGAUGUGACCAAAUCGAAGCGAGUAAACUGGGACGAGAAUGGAAGUCGUGGAAGGAAUCACUAGAGUGCUAUUUUGCGGCUUACGAUAUAACCGACCAGCAUGCCAUGCGGGCAAAACUUUUGCAUUUCGGCGGCCCGGCACUGCAGUUGAUUUUUAAAAAUUUGAAAGGUCAUGAUCACGUUCCGCUGGUGACGCUGCAACCAAAGUGGUACGAUCUGGCGGUUAAAAGAUUAAAUGAAUUUUUCGAGCCGCGUCACCAAAGUACGUCGGAGCGCCGCAAGCUUCGGUCGAUCAAACAAAAGUCGGGGGAACGUUUCGCCGACUUUAUCAUUCGGCUGAAGCAACAGGUCGCAGAGUGCGGUUUUGAGAAGUAUGGCUGGGAAAGCAGCCAAAUACUAUGCGAGAUUUAUCUUACGGACGCCGUUGUUGAGGGAUGCUCUUCGAACGAAGUACGCAGAAUAUUUUUGAUGAAAGAGUUGAGUUUUCCUGAAAUUGAAGCGCUGGGCAUCGCGCAAGAAAGUGUAGAUAAACAAGUCGAGGACAUGUCUCCCUCUCAGCCUCCGGAAAAAGUUUUCAAAGUAGAGCAGGUAAAGCAUAAGAAAGGACAACCCGUAUCGCAAUAUGUAAAAUCAUCUGAGAAGUCGUGCUAUAAUUGUGGUCGGCCAGGACACAUUGCUAUUUCAGCUGCAUGUCCUGCUCGUGGAAAGCAAUGUAGAAAUUGUAAAAGCUACGGCCAUUUCGUGAUGCUAUGUCGCAAGACGAGACGACAUUCGAUGGGUCGUGAACCAGACAGACGCGUCAAAUGA